UGCCGCGGGAGCUGGAGCGCCCCGCCACUCGAGUGCGCAGGCGCCAGGCGGUUACCGGUCUCGCCAUGGAGCGGAAAGGUGAGCGGUGGAGCGGCCUCCGCCACGAGGGGCAACGGCCGCCGGAGCGAGGCCCGAGCCAGCGCCGGGAGCCUCGCCUCUUCGCCGCCUUCCCGGACCCUGGGCGUGCGGCAUCUUCCUCGGAGGUGGCGCCGCCCCUCACCCGCCUCUGGGCUGUGGGUCCGCGCCGCUCCGCUCGGGCGUCCUCGGGCACCGGCAGUCACCGCCCCUUGCUCCCCGCCAGCCGGGCUCGCGCCUUGAGGCCACUUCGGGCCCCGGCCGUCGUCGGGCGAGCAAGACCCCCGGUCCGGCCCGAAGCCCCUCGGGCGUCCCCCGCCUGGGUUCCGCUGUGCGCCCCGUGGGCCGCCAGCACCCCGGCCCACCGCUUCGGCCCGCGGCCGCUUCGGGCAGCCCCGCGACCGGGCCUGGCGCCCGUGCUGGGUCUCCGCCCUCACCUCGGUCGCCUCCUUCCCCCCGCACUCGCCCUUCAUCCAUCCCUCUCUCCUGCAGUGCUUGCGCUCCAGGCCCGAAAGAAAAGGACCAAGGCCAAGAAGGACAAAGCCCAAAGGAAAAAUGAAACUCAGCACCGAGGCUCUGCCCCCCAUUCUGAGAGUGAUCUGCCAGAGCAGGAAGAGGAGAUUCUGGGCUCCGAUGAUGAUGAGCAGGAAGAUCCCAAUGAUUACUGUAAAGGAGGUUAUCAUCUUGUAAAAAUUGGUGAUCUGUUCAAUGGCAGAUACCAUGUGAUCCGAAAGUUGGGCUGGGGGCACUUUUCAACAGUGUGGCUAUCAUGGGAUAUUCAGGGAAAGAAGUUUGUGGCAAUGAAAGUAGUUAAAAGUGCUGAACACUAUACUGAAACAGCACUAGAUGAAAUCCGGUUGCUGAAAUCAGUCCGCAAUUCAGACCCCAGUGAUCCAAACAGAGAAAUGGUCGUUCAACUACUAGAUGACUUUAAAAUAUCAGGAGUUAAUGGAACACAUAUCUGCAUGGUGUUUGAAGUUCUGGGGCAUCACCUGCUCAAGUGGAUCAUCAAGUCCAACUAUCAAGGGCUUCCGCUGCCUUGUGUCAAAAAAAUUAUCCAGCAAGUGUUACAGGGCCUGGACUAUUUACACACCAAGUGCCGUAUCAUCCACACUGACAUUAAACCGGAAAACAUCUUGUUGUCGGUGAACGAGCAGUACAUCCGGAGACUGGCAGCAGAAGCCACAGAAUGGCAGCGAUCCGGAGCCCCUCCACCUUCCGGGUCACCUAACAAGCAAGAAGAAUCAGAGAGUCCUGUUGAAAGACCCUUGAAAGAGAACCCACCUAAUAAAAUGACCCAAGAGAAACUUGAAGAGUCAAGUUCCAUUGGCCAGGAUCAGACACUUAUGGAGCGUGGUGUAGAGGGUGGUGCAGCAGAAAUUAAUUGCAAUGGAGUAAUUGAAGUCAGUAAUUAUACUGAGAACAGUAAUAAAGAAACAAUGAGGCUUGCAGAGGAUCUCCAUAAUGCUAAUGACUGUGAUGUCCAAAAUUUGAAGCAGGAACCUAGUUUCCUAAGCUCCCAAAAUGGAGACAGCACAUCUCAAGAAACAGACUCUUGCACACCUGCACCGCCAGAGGUGUCAGAUACCAUGGUGUGCCAGUCCUCAGCAACUGGAGACCAGUCAUUCCGUGAGCAGCACAUCAGCCAACUUCAGGAAAGCAUCCGGGCAGAGAUCCCUUGUGAAGAGGAGCACGAGGAAGGACAGAAUGGGCCCCUGGACAACAAAGGAAAAUCCACUGCUGGAAAUUUUCUUGUUAAUCCCCUUGAGCCAAAAAAUGCAGAAAAACUCAAAGUGAAGAUUGCUGAUCUUGGAAAUGCCUGUUGGGUGCACAAACACUUCACUGAAGAUAUUCAAACAAGGCAGUAUCGCUCCCUGGAAGUUCUGAUAGGAUCUGGCUAUAAUACCCCAGCUGACAUCUGGAGCACGGCAUGCAUGGCCUUUGAAUUGGCUACUGGUGAUUAUUUAUUUGAGCCUCAUUCAGGAGAAGAGUACACCCGAGAUGAAGAUCACAUUGCGUUGAUCAUAGAACUUCUGGGAAAGGUGCCUCGCAAGCUCAUUGUGGCAGGAAAAUAUUCCAAGGAAUUUUUCACCAAAAAAGGUGACCUGAAACAUAUCACGAAGCUGAAACCCUGGGGCCUUUUUGAGGUUCUGGUGGAGAAGUAUGAGUGGUCUCAGGAAGAGGCGGCUGGCUUCACAGACUUCUUACUGCCCAUGUUGGAGCUCAUCCCCGAGAAGAGAGCCACCGCUGCCGAGUGUCUCCGGCAUCCUUGGCUCAACUCCUAAGCCCCAGCCCAGGCCCACAGCAGCAGAGAUCACUACACUGACUGUCCACUCUCAUCUCCAGGCAUUUUCCAAUUUUCAGGGUGAAGCCCUUUCUUCAAGGGUUUCUAGAUUUCUUUUUUCUUAAUCCAGUAUGUUUAUUUGGGUUUGCAUACUUGACCCCAACUGCCUUUGGGUGUCCCCGGUGAAUUUGGCCUUGGUGGGGCUUGCCAAAGACUAAUGGACUAAAAAUGUACAACAGUCUCUUACCCUCUGCCCUUGCCUUUCCAUCAGGGUAUCCUGUAAACUAUAAGUAUCCUCUUUAAAAAGAGCUAUGAAGGGGUAUGGGCCCAUCCUUUUAUUCACUGACUCUGAGAGUCAAACUUUCUAGCAUAUAUACUAUUGCCAGCAUAAGGAUGAGGAAGGAGGGGAAUGGGUGUCAAUUCUGUGUACAACAGAGACAUUAAACUUGCUGUAUCCAGGCUAUGUCAGGUUCCUGGAUUGUUUCUGUUGUUCUCUGUUUUUGGUUUUUCCUGCAACUUGUGUAAACACCAAGUUUGAGCACCAGCUUAUCAAGUUCAAAGCACUCUCGUAUUCCUUUCAUCCUUUAGUAACUCUUAAGACUCAGAUCUUAAGUCUGACUUUUAAUGUAAAGAGAAAUGGAACCAUUGAAUACUCAUUUUUUGAGAACCUCAGGUGUUCAAACACUCCUUUCCUAUGUGUCUUCAAUUACCCUAAAAGCAAGAGGUAAUUUAAUUGGCCAGCCAGGGAUAUAGAUCAGUGGCACAAGUGCCUGCCUAGCAAAUGCAAGGUCCUGAGUUCAAUUCCCA